AUGAAGCCCUCCACCCUCAUCCAGCGCCUAGUCGCCCCUCUCAGCGCCACCCGGACCCUCACCAGCGCCACGCCUCCCCAAGGCCGAUUCGCGAUCCUUACAACGGAGAAAGACAACACCCAAAACAACAACAACAACAACAGCAACGACAUCAUCACCAACCCGCCCUUCACCCUCUCCGACGCCACCCUGCACACCGACACCUUCCCGCCCCCGGCCUCCUGGCCCAACAGCUGGAAGAUCCCCGUCUCGCACUCGGCCUGCACCUCGUGGGCGCUGCCGGCGGCGCGCAUCCGAUCCGCCAUCGGCGACAUCAUCACCUGGGGCGACACGCCCACGCCGGCCUUCCCGCACCCCGUGCCCAAGCUGAUCGAGCCGCGCACCUGGCACCUGGCCACCGUCGCCAACGCGACCGCCUACGUGUGCAACUGCAAGUGGGAGCACUACGACCCCGUCCCCGCCGACGAGAUGUGGGAGUUCUACUACCGCCUCGUCGCCAUGUGCGGCCACGGCCAGAGCGGCUGGCUGUUCUCCAAGAAGUGGGACAAGGGCUUCGCCGUCGCCGCCACCGACUGGGUCGAGGGCAUGAAGCCCCAGCUGAGGAUUUGCCCGCCUUAUUGUUGUGGCGAAGACUCUGGAAAGCGAGGGUCGACAUGA